AUGCCUCCGCCGCAGGGAACUCCGAAUGUCCUCGAAGGACCAGGAGAUUACACCGUCACGAAAUCAGUCCACAGCGACACGUACCCAGCAAUUGACCCCAGCAAGCUCAGCCCAUCCCUCCUGAAAGACCGCGCCGUCUUCAUCAGCGGCGCGUCCAGGGGCAUAGGCAAAGCCAUAGCCACGUCCUUCGCGCGCGGCGGCGCCAGCCAGAUCGCCAUCGGCGCGCGGUCCAGCAGCUCCCUCGCGCCCGUCGCCGAGGAGCUGAGGGCCGCGGCGCGGGAGGCGGGGCGGGACGCGGAGGCCCUGCGCGUGCUCUGCGUCGAGGUCGAGGUGUCGUCGCCCGAGAGCGUCGCGGCCGCGGCCGCCCUGGUAGCGCGCGAGUUCGGCGGCCGGCUGGACAUCGUGGUGCAGAACGCGGCCGUGCUGGGCUCGAUGGCCAAGAUCGCCGACGCCGACCCGGACGAGUGGUGGCGCGUGUACGCGGUCAACGUGCGCGGCCAGUUCCUCGUCGCCAAGUACUUCCUGCCGCUGAUGCUGGGGACGGCCGGCGGGCUCAGGACUUUUGUCACCGUCGCCAGCGUCGGGGCGCACGUUGUCGGCCCGGGCUUCAGCCACUACCAGUCUGGCAAGCUUGCGAACCUGCGCGUCGCUGAGUUUGUGGACAAGGAGUACGCUGAGGAGGGGGUGAGUGCGUGGACUGUGCACCCGGGGAAUGUCGUCACGGAUAUGGUUGGAGGCCCUGAUGGCUACAUUAUGAAGGAGAUGGGUCACAUCUUCGUAGAUACUCCUCAGAUCAGCGCUGACACCAUAGUCUAUCUGACUGCGACAAAGCGCCAGUGGCUGAGUGGAAGAAGAGCAAAAACUUCGCUUCACGAGGACUUCGAUGAGCUCCUCGGGCUGCUCACCGUGGACUUCUAA